CUAGCCAUCCUACCGUUGGUCAAGAGAUAUUCUGUGGUUCUAGCCGAAAAAAUAAAAAAACAAACCCGUUCAAAAUGAAAUUCUUAGUCGUUCUCGCUUUGGUCGCCGCUGCCAGCGCUGAUGUUCCACACUUGAACAAAUACCUUCCACCAAGCUUGCCAACUAAAGACUACUUGCCACCAGUUCACACCGGCGCAGCUUACCAAGCACCAGCUCAAGAAUACCAAACUGGUGCCGUCAGCGUCGGAGCCCAAUCAUACGAAGCACCACAAUUCCAACAAACUUUCUCUGCCCCAGCACAAGCUUCAUUCGCUGAAGCUGCACCAGCAUUCGCCGCACCAGCUUUGUCAACAUCGUUCGCUGCCCAACCAGCAAUUUCCGCCUCAUACGCUGCCCCAGCCCAAAGCUACUCAGCCCAAAGCUACUCAGCCCCAAGCUACUCAGCACCAAGCUACUCAGCCCCAAGCUAUUCAGCCCCAAGCUACUCAGGCGCAAGCUUCCAAGCCGCACCAGCUUUGUCCGCCUCAUACGCUGCCCCAGCCCAAAGCUACUCAGCCCAAAGCUACUCAGCUCCAAGCUACUCAGCUCCAAGCUACUCAGCCCCAAGCUACUCAGGUGCAAGCUUCCAAUCAGCUCCAGCUGCCGCUACCUACAGUGAAAGCGAUGGCUACAACUACAGAAACCCAAACCAACUCUAAACAGUUCAUUUAGAUUGAAUGGAUUUGUUUCGCCCAGUUUGCGAGCUAACCCACAACCGAUAUAGAUCGAAAGAAACAUGAUUUGUAUUGAAAAUGAAAGCAUGAACAAAAAAUAAAAAAAAAUAAAGUUCAGAAAAAUAUAAAACAAA